AUGGCCGGCACAAAGAUCUUAUGUGUGGCAGAGAAGCCCGCAAUUGCCAAAGCUGUCGCGAUACACCUAUCAGGAGGUCGAAUGCAGACUCACAAUAUAACUGGAAAUCCGUAUGUGAAGAAUUAUGUAUUUGAUUUCAACUUUGAGGGUCGCUGGGGCGACUGCUCAGUCACCAUGACCAGCGUCCUCGGGCACUUGACAAAUGUGGACUUCCCCCACCAGUACGCUGGUUGGACAUCUUGUCCACCGGCAGAGCUGUUUGAAGCUCCCAUCAAUGUAACCGUGGACCAGGACAAAACAGCGAUUGCAGAGAAUAUAAAGAGACAAGCACGAAAUUCCAGGGCUUUAUUUAUCUGGACUGAUUGCGAUCGUGAAGGAGAGCAUAUCGGUACAGAGAUACGCAAUCAGGCUAAGGAAGGGAAUCGCCAGAUCGUGGUCAAGCGCGCCGUGUUCAACAACACGGAGAGAGCCCAUAUUAUACAUGCUGCAAGGACCCUUGAAGAACUGGAUGAACGCCAGGCUAAUGCGGUAGCGGCGAGGAUUGAGCUCGAUCUUCGCAUCGGUGCUGCGUUUACACGGCUACUAACCCUCCAGCUGCGACCUCUCCACGAAACCUUGGAGGGCAAAACUCUAAGCUACGGAUCUUGUCAAUUUCCAACGUUGGGGUUUGUGGUAGACCGAUAUUUACGAGUCAAGAGGUUCAAGCCGGAAACGUUUUGGGGGAUCAAGGUUAUGCACACCCGAGAUAAUAUUAAAGUGAACUUUCUUUGGAGUAGGGUACAUCUUUUUGACAGAGCUGCCGUGAUCAUGAUGCUGGAACGGUGUAUCAUGGCGGAAAAGGCCAAGGUCACUAAGGUCAACCAGAAACCAACUAGCAAGUGGCGGCCUUUGCCAUUGACAACAGUUGACCUGCAGAUGAUGGGUUCCAGAUUCCUUCGUAUGAACGGUGCGGCUAUUAUGAAGACAGCAGAGGCUCUUUACACUAAAGGAUUCAUUAGCUAUCCCCGUACCGAGACUGAUCAAUUCGAUAAAGCGAUUGACCUCAAGAAGCUAGUCGAGAAACAAUUACCGGACCAGAAUUGGGGACAGUACGCUCAAGGGCUUCUAGAUGGUAAUUAUAGGACUCCCCGGGCAGGACGAAACAAUGAUCGCGCGCAUCCACCUAUACACCCCGUUUGCUGGGUUUCUCCGGAUAAGUUGACUGCCGACGAGAAGAAAGUGUAUGAGUUCGUCGUUCGACGGUUUCUUGCGUGUUGCUCAGAUGACGCAAAAGGGCAGUCAACUGAUAUCGAAAUCCAGUAUGGAGACGAGGAGUUCCAUGCAAGAGGAUUGAUUGUUCUGGAAAGAAACUAUCUCGACGUGUAUGUCUACGACAAGUGGGAGAGCACCCAGCAGCUACCCAACUACCGAGUGGGCGAGGAGUUUGAGCCUACUGUAGCCGAUAUUUUUGAAGGAAAAACCACUGCCCCAAACCACUUGACCGAACCUGAACUUAUUGGGCUUAUGGACGCCAACGGAAUUGGCACUGACGCCACAAUGGCUGAGCAUAUCGAAAAAAUCAAGACACGGUCAUACAUCGUUGUCGUCUCUCGAGGAACGGGUCGAAGCGCAGUCAAGGUGCUUAUUCCCACUCGCCUCGGUAUUGCCUUGAUCUUGGGCUAUGAUGAUGUUUUCGCCGGUCUGCCAAAUAGCCCGUCGCUAAGCAAGCCAUUUCUGCGAAAGCAGAUGGAGCUGGAGAUGCGGGAAGUUUGUGCCGGCACUAGGAUGCGCCGACAGCUAGUUCAGGAAAGCUUGGACACGUACCGGGAGUUAUUUAUUCACACCCAGAGGAGAAUGAACUUGAUGAAAUCGGCUUUUCAGAAGUAUCUCGUCGAGGAGGCGGACGUCUGA